AUGGCGACAUUUGAGAACAAACCUAAAGGAAUUCUCAAAAAACCAUCCAUAAAUUUUCAACAAAAAAAUAGGUUAAAAUGGGAUGAAGACAACAUUCAACUUACUGAAGGACAGAAGAACUCGACAAUGAAAAUUACUGAACCUAAAACUCCAUACAUUCAUUACAAUCAAGAAACUGAUGAAAUCAUGACUGAUCUUCAAACUAUUCCAGGUCUCGUUUUGGGAUCUAGUAGGGUAUCUCCCCCAGCGGGAUCUCUUUCAUCCGUUUCACCAACAUCAGCACAUUUUCCUGAUUCAAUAAAGGACGAUUGGGAAUCCGAAAGCUCAGAAGAGGAUGAAGAAACUAGGGAAAAGCGCCGUAAAUUUGCACAGCUCAGAGCUCAACAUUAUAAUAUGAAGGAUGCACUUAGUUUAGGUCAUAAUUUCAGUUCUUUAAAGGCUAAACUUGAAAGCAACGAAUCCGAAAACAAUUCUGGCAAUAACGAUUCGUCGUCAAAUAAUGUUUUCAUGGAAACAUAA